CGUCAAUUGGAGCUGCCGUGAAUGUUUUCAACCUAAGCUACAAAAAAAAAGGGAUUGACAGAUUAUACGAUACAAUGAUGUAACGUGACUAUCCUUGCGGAGGUUUUGCUUUCAGGAUGAAUAACGCCAUAAGCGGGUUUAAAACACACCGUUUGAGUGUGUCUGAAGCUCUCCGCUUGGCUGAAUUAUUGAUAUUUUGAGGGAUCUUUCAGAAGGUAGGUCAGCAUCUAUCUUUUUUUUUCCUUGCACAUCUCGGCACGAUGCUCAAGUGAGCUGAUUCUUUCUGCGUGAAAUGAAAUGACUUGACAUCUUCCCGACCACCGGGUAAGGGAGAGAGGGGGAGAUGGAGAGAGGGGGAGAGAGACAGAGAGAGAGAGAGAGAUGGAGAGGGAAUAAGGAACUUAGUUAUCAGGCGCAGCAGCAUCUCCGCCUGCACUGCGAGGCAGAGGAGACGCAUUUAUGGUCGAUCAGUGGUUUUCCUUUUUCCUUCAAUUCUCUUCGGGACAUUGGGGGAGUGAGUUGAAAAGAUCCCUGACGGGUUUUCCUGACGGAUGAAACAUAAAAGGCACGCUGACAUUACCCGGUGAGCCUGCGUUUCAACCCAUGGGUGUGAGAUGACAUUGAGGAUACUUUAGUGGGAGUCUGAGCUUGGACGUCGUGCGCAGGAAAAUGCAUCUUUGGAUCGCUUGUGUUUUGCUGAGCGCCGCCGCUGUAUCUCCAGCAGGGAUGUCUGAUGAAGGCAUAUGUGAACGACUGUGUGCCUGCGAGGAGAGAGAGGGGACACUCACUGUGAGCUGUGAGAACAGGGGCAUCGGGAGCAUCUCCGAAAUAAACCAGCUCAACUUCCCCCAGUAUCAUCUGCUGCUCACUGGGAAUGUUUUAAGAAAGCUUGCCGCCGACGACUUUCUUGAAUAUCGAGGACUCACCAUAUUGCACCUGGGAAAUAAUGAGAUAGCCGAGGUGGAAGCUGGAGCUUUUAAUGGACUUCAAGGAUUGAAGCGAUUACAUCUCAACAAUAACAAAAUUGAUGCCUUGAAGGAGGAGCUGUUCUGGGGCCUUGAAAGUCUGGAGUAUCUGCAGCUUGAUUAUAAUUACAUCACUCAAGUGGCCCCCAAUGCUCUGGGCGGACUUCGACACCUGGAGGUGUUGAUUCUGAAUGACAACUUGAUAUCGACUCUGCCUGUGAACAUCUUCCAGCAUGUCCCACUGACUCAUCUUGACUUGAGGGGGAAUCAGCUGAAAGUCCUCCCCUACUCGGGUCUGCUGGAGCACAUGAACAGCGUGGUGGAGCUGCAGCUGGAGGAAAACCCGUGGAACUGCUCCUGUGACCUGAUCGCCCUCAAAACGUGGCUGGAGAGCAUUUCGUACACGGCGUUGGUGGGCGACGUCGUUUGCGAGUUCCCCUUUCGUCUUCAUGGGAGGGAUCUCGAUGAGGUCUCAAAGCAAGAGUUGUGUCCCAGAAGAGCCAUCGCUGAAUACGAGAUGCCACCGCAGCCGCAUUUCAGCACGGACGGCAACUACAGGAGUACGCCGGCCCUCGCGACGGCUCCCUUAACCUCGUCUGGCAUUGCAAGAUCUUCGUCAAGGCCCACCAAGGGACCUCGGCAGUCAGGUAAAUUAAAAUCAAAACCGACGACUCGACUGGCGGCAAACAAACCCCAGAAUUAUGGCCAAAUUAUUUCCUAUCAAACAAAAUCUCCUGUGCCUUUGGACUGCCCGUCGGCCUGCACCUGCAACCUUCAGAUUUCAGACCUCGGCCUCAACGUCAACUGCCAGGAGCGAAAGAUCGAGCAGAUUUCCGAUUUAGAGCCCAAACCUUACAACCCCAAAAAGAUGUAUCUCACCGGGAAUUAUAUCCCUGUGGUGAGAAGAUCAGAUUUCAUUGAGGCAACUGGAUUGGAUUUGCUUCAUCUGGGCAACAAUCGCAUCGCUCAAAUCCAUGACAGAGCUUUUGGUGAUUUGACUCAUCUCAGGAGACUCUACCUUAAUGGGAAUUUGAUAGACCAUCUUACGGCCGAUAUCUUCUUUGGACUAGAGAGCCUGCAGUUCCUAUAUUUAGAAUACAAUGUCAUUAAGGAAGUCACUGCAGACACAUUCCAGCACGUCCCUAAACUCCAGCUCCUGUUUCUCAACAACAACCUCUUGAAAACAUUACCAGCGGGAGCAUUUCACGGUCUCACGUUGGCCCGCCUCAAUCUUCGCAGCAACCACCUGCGAUACCUGCCGGUCAGCGGUGUGCUCGAUCAGCUCACGGCACUGGUGCAGGUGGAUUUGUACGAAAACCCCUGGGAUUGCUCGUGUAGCAUUCUCGACCUGAAGAUGUGGCUCGAGCAGCUCAGCACGGGCACCGUUGUCAACAAUGUCAUCUGUGGCUCGCCCAAGAGGCUCGCUGGGGAAGACAUGCGAUACAUCAAGACAGCUAAUUUUUGCCCUAAUAACUCGGCCGUACUGGCGUCAAUGAUUCCCCCCUCAGAGGAAUCCUUCCCGGGCAGCACCAUCACUAUCGAAACGUCACUCGACUCCGACACACAGUACAGUGCCAUCCCUUUAUCCGUGAUGAUUCUUGCCCUCCUGCUCAUGUUUAUUUUGUCCGUGUUUGUGGCUGCAGGGCUGUUUGUAACAAUGAGAAAGAGACACCUGAAGAGUCAGAACGAGCAGAAUAACUCCAUGAACGCGUGUAUUAGCUCUCUUAACAUGGAGUAUGGACUGUAUAAAAAGGGAUCUGUCCCAAAGGUCAGAACGUCGGCUGGCCACGUGUAUGAGUACAUUCCACCCGCCUCGGAGCAAACAAGCAGAACCACAGGCCACGCUUCUGCCAAUAGCAAAUCCGCCGAGGGGUUUCGGGACUUUGACGAGCUAAGCGGCCCCUUUCUGGGGAACUCGGACGAAGAAGCAGCGAGUAAUGUAAUAGGCUCGGAAUACAGCACCAGCGCUUCGGAGCCUCUCAAUAAGCCUUCCGGCAUGAAACAAGAUGAUCCAUCGCACUACAGAGAAGUCCUCGAUCCUGAGCAGAAGCCGCACUACAGCCAUACGCUACCUUGCAGGCACGCAGCACGUCCGGCCAGUCAGUACGCAUCAGACCUUGAUGCAAGGCCUCGGUAUGUGCAUCCUGACAGGGUACAACAGACAAUCCUGUACUGCACAACGCCAAGUACUGUUUAUGUGGAGCCAAACAGAAGUGAGUAUUGGGAACUGAAGGCAAAGCUUCACAUUGAUCCGGAUUAUCUUGAGGUUCUUGAAAAAAGAACAACAUUUACACAGUUUUAAGCGACUCGGCUGCCAAACACAGCGAAACGGGACUUUAUACUUCAACGCAGAGAGGUAAAGCACGAAGGCAUCGUCUUUGGUACAAAGGAUUGUGAGCUGCAGCAUGGAUUUUUGUGUACUACUCAAGCUUUGCAGCAUUGAGUGAUGACAUGUACUACAUGUUCAGCUGAUCCAAUCACAGGUACAUCUACCACGUGAUUCAUGACUGUGCAUCGUGAAUAAUGUUUUUGUUACAAUCACAACAUGGGUUGGGAUGGCAGUCCUUCGAAUAGCGCUUACCUUAACAAACUGAUUUUUCAGAGCUUAUUAUGUGUGAGUUUUGUGCUUACUACGAACUAUUAAAUUAAUCUAUCCAUUCUUAACUUUGCUGGUUUGGUGUGAAAUACCAUCUUUAUAUUUCUCAGGCUGCGGCAGCUUCUCCCAUUGGCCAGUCACAUUGGCACCCACCAGAUGAGGCAAACUUCAAACUGUAAACAUAUCCAAGUAUACUCACGGUGAUUUCUGAAGGGGGGGGGGGGGGUAAAAGACAGAAAACCUCGACGAAACGUAUGCGAAAUAAAAAGUAAAAUGGUCCAAGUGUUGCUACAUCUUGCCAAAUAUUUUCACUGCACCAUGUUGAUGGAGUAUUUUGCAGCAGGACUGACCAUUGUUUUAUUCAAGUAAAAUUGUCUUCAAUGCACGGUCAAAAUGAUAGUUUGAAAUAUGAAUAUAGUAGUGACUAUAUAUCGUAGGCAAAAAAAAAAAAUUAACAGGCUUCACGUUGACAAAUAAAAGAUUUCUCGAAAUUCAAAGUUUGAUGCAUUUGUGAUAUUUGACACAUCUUUUUUUUUUUGUAACACCGUAUGAAAGGGGGAAUUUGCAAUGGUAAAACUGCUAGCAAAAAUGUCUAAUGUCCCUAUGCUCUUCUUUUAGCCAGGUUUGCGGAAACAAGGGAUGGGUAUUUUUAUUUAUAGGUCAGCAUGUGUGUUUGCAGUGCAUGGUAAAUCGUGCCUUCGGUCUUUAAUUGGUUGUUUUUCAUUGGGUGCGGUGGUUUCACAAGUCAAAUUGCAGGAACGGGAUGGAGCUAGACAAGGCGGAUUAUUUUUAACGGAUCAUUUUGCAGACAAAUGUCCCAAAAUGUUGUGAAAGUUGUUUUGAAAACUGCAAACUCCUCCUUUGGCAAGCUUAUAUUUUCACAUAGGUUCUGUCAACAUGUUUUCCCUGAACAACAAUUCUUACAAAACUUUUCUUUGUUUUGUUCCUUGGACGUAGUCAAAAACUGCAGACACUGACCUGAUGUGGAAAACGAACGUGUAACCAUUUUUAUUCAAAUUUCUAUUGUAUUUCACUUUUUUUCUGACUCCUUCUCGAAUCAAUCUAUUUUUUUUUUGCAAACACAAAACGUACUCAUUUGCAUAUCAAGUGGGAAAGCGAGAUCACUUGAGGGCGAACUAAGACUCAAUUUUUGACAGGAUGACCAGAGACGCAUGUUAAUGCUGCCCGAGCCGCGCGUUGAGUCAGUGCAAGUACUGCCGUAUGUACAUAAUGCUUAACAGUUCAAAUUAAAUGUGUAAAUAUGAACAAUCGGGCAUGAAAGCCCGGCCCCCUAAUGACUCAUCUUAUCAUAACAGACGCCCUGGAGCUAUUUCCUUUGCAAUAAUGUGUGGUUUUUACUCUCCAAUCGGCUGCAUUUCAUUAGCGCUAAUCAGUGAUGAAGAUUAUAUGGUCUCAUCCCAAAAUAAACCGGGUUGUUGCCAAGGAUAUUUACCACCAAUUCUUUCUGAUGAAACCGAAAUUAAUUUGCAAAAGUGCCCAUCCAUUAUGAUGUGUGUAGGCGUAAAGUCAAGUGCAGAAAAUGAAUCAUUUUGCUGAAAUCGGACACACUUGACAAGGUGAGGAACAUGCUGUGGAUGAGCAGGAGCUCAGAAUAUCAUCUCAUGAGCUCUCUGCUUUGCAGAUUGAGACCAAAGACAGAAUCUCAAAAUUUCAAGGGAGCCCACCACUUGUUUUUUUUUUUUUUUUGGAUAAUCUCUCCGAAUCUGUGGUGUUCCCUCAAAGCUUCCCGCAGGGGAUUAUGGACAACUGGUGCACUUGUUUGGAAAUGAUUCAGGCUGUAACUGUUGCGUGAAAUGUUGUAAAGGAUGAUGAUCACAACUGUAUUCACAUGUAUAAAAAAACAACACUCUUUGCCAUCAAUACACAUGAUUUACGUGUGCCAACAGUCACGUACUGUAGAAUGAAUUUACCGGCAUAUCACAAGGGCAUCGCAUUUAUGUGUUGUUGUUGUUUUUUUUUUGAAGAAGAAGAAGAGGAAUCCUAUACUGUAUGUGUAUUUUACCCUCUUACCUACUCUAUCUCCAGAUUAAACAAAAAAUAUAUAUGUAAUAAUAAUAAUAAUAAUAAUAAUUACAAUGAUGCAAUCAAUGCAAGAACCAAUUUCUCAACUUGUACUCAAAUACAAGAGUCGGGGCCUCAGUUGUGUAAAAGAUGUAUUUUUAUAACAAAGAAAUGUAGAUAUUCGUAUAUACUAUUUGCUUCCUCUUUCGAAAAUUCACUAUUGACUUGUAAGAGUCAACAAUGAUGUCACUCCCUGAAUUGUGCAGUAUAUUUGUUUGUGUCCAUGCAGUCCAGCCAUACAGUCUAAAGAGUAACCUUGGACAUCCUGUACAACGUGCCGUUCGUGACAUGAACUGCUACGAGACGGUUAUGAGGGCCAUGCUGAUAAUGAAGUAGUCAUCGAAAAUCAUGGAAAUGAGUGAUCAUUUUAGUGCAAACAAGUCAAGGUUCUGUUUGAUUUUCCACCACAAAAACAUUUCCAGAAAUCCAACACCUUUACUGUAAGAGCAUUUCAUCAUGCUAUUUUAUCAUAUUAACUUUUCUCACAAUAUUACGACUUUAAUCUUGUGACCUAAGCUUUUUCCUCUUCUGUAUGAAUACUCAUACUCGCCAUCUUCAUUCUAAUGUGUGUAGUUAUUCUGCAGGACCUUUGUGCAACAAUUUGGAUAUCUUUUUCAAACCCGCAUAGAUUUUGAAGAGGUCCGGGUAACAUAUGAAUUUGGCACUUGACAACGCUUCCUCUCUACGGAAUUAAAAUUAAAAAGCACAACAAAUACAAAUGAAGUUUCUGGAUAGAAACAUGUCUUAUUAUGCACACAGUGAACCAUGAGCGCAAAUUAUGCAGUCUAAAUUAUGUCUGGGUCAAUACUGUGUAACUGAGGAAAGUCCCUCUCCAUGAGACAGUAGAUGCACAUGAUUUGCAAUAAUAUGCAAUGAACCUGUCACCUUAACUCAGCUCUCAUGGUUGGAAUUUAUGCAUAUUAGUCACGCUGUUGAAUGUGUCAUCGGUUUCUGAACUCAGCACGUCCAUAGAACCAUGUGGUGCAUUUUACAACUAUUGGACUGGAUAAGGGGAAUAUUCUUGAAAAGUAGUUUUGAAAAUCACAGAAUGAUUUGGCAUCUCAUGUUUACCAUGUUGGGAUUAUCACUCAAAAGUAACACUCUGAGCAGACUAGGUACCUGUUUUUUUUAUAUACAUGUGUGUCUAGAUAGAUAGAUAGAUAGAUAGAUAGAUAGAUAGAUAGAUAGAUAGAUAGAUAGAUAGAUAGAUAGAUAGAUAGAUAGAUAGAUAGAUAGAUAGAUAGAUAGAUAGAUAGAUAGAUAGAUAGAUAGAUAGAUAGAUAGAUAGAUAGAUAGAUAGAUAGAUAGAUAGAUAGAUAGAUAGAUAGAUAGAUAGAUAGAUAGAUAGAUAGAUAGAUAGAUAGAUAGAUAGAUAUGUGUGUUUUUCAAUUUUGGGGGAGGCUGCCUGUGAAGCCCCCUGCCGUCUGACAUGUUCUUAAUUUUUUGGGAGAAUGUGUGUAUUUGGGGGCGGCCCGGUGGCCCAGUGGUUAGCACUUCCAUCUCACAGUGCAGAGGUUGUGAGUUCAAUCCCGGCUACCUGGGCUUUCGUGGGUUUUCUCCAGGUACUCCAGUUUCGUCCCAUAUUCCAAUUCCAUGACUGGCUGAUUGAACGCUCCAAAUUGUCCCGAGGUGUUAGUGUGAGCGCGGAUGGUUGUUCGUCUCUGUGCGCCCUGCGAUUGGCUGGCAACUGGUUCAGGGUGUCCCCUGCCUACUGCCAAAGGACUGCUGGGAUAGGCUCUAGGACCCCUUGCGACCCCUGUGAGGAUAAUGCGGGUCGGAAAAUGGAUGGAUGGAUGGUGUGUCAUUGGGAACACAUCAAUCGCGGGGGGCCAUUCAUGAUUUGUUCUCUGGUUCUGGUGGGGACGCCCAUGGGUGUGAAAACUCUAAAUGUAUAAAAAUAAAAUAUUAGAAACUAGUGUUAGGGUCACUGUGAAUAGUGAAAAAUCAAAACUAACAUAAUAACAAUAAUAAUAAUUCCUCUCGUGACAGACAAAAAACAA